AUGGAGAGCUAUGGAGAUCUGAUCAACAACAACAAGGUUGUCUUGGAUGACGAAAACUAUGGGUUUUGGAAAUCAAGGAUUAAAUCUAUCAUCGUAGGUAUUGAUCGGCUUGCUUGGAAAACUGUUCUAGAAAAGUGGGAGGAACCGACGAUCAAAGAUGAAUCAGGCAAGCAAAUUCCUAAACUUGAUGUUGGAAGAAAACAGUUUGAAUUGAUUCAAGGAUGUGAAACUGCUAAAGAAGCAUGGGAUAUUCUUCAAAUUAAUUAUGAAGGUACAACAAAAGUACAAAGUUCGAGAAAAGAUAUGUUGGCCUCUAGAUUUGAGAAUCUAAAGAUGGAGGAGCAUGAAUCAAUUUCGGACUUUAGUUCAAAGUUGAGUGCUUUAGCUCAAGAAGCUCAAACUCUUGGGAAAACUUAUAAGGAUCAGAAGUUAGUCAAAAAGUUUUUAAGAUGUCUUCCAUCAGGAUUCAUGGGAUACAAGACAGCCUUAAUUGUCUCUCAAGACUUAGACAAUCUCAGUUAUGGCGAAGUGGUCGGAAUGCUACAGGCACACGAGAUAGAACUUAAUGGAAUUAACAAACCAAAAGGAAUAGCUCUAGCAGUUAGCAAAGACAUAACUGACCAAGGAGAAGAAGAUGUUGUGAGCCUGUUGGUAAGAAGAUUUGAUCGAGCUUUGAGAAGAAUAGAACGAGGUCAAGGUCCAAGGAAGAGCAACUCAUUCAAAAAGACGAGUGAGGACAAAAAGGCUGAUAUGCAGUGUCAUGAAUGUAAGGGGUAUGGUCAUUUUAUUCGAGAGUGUCCAACAAUCAAGUUACGAGAUGCCAAGUGCACAAUUUGCAAAGGUACUGGACACACCCAUGAAGAGUGUGUGAGUAAUCCUAAAGCUAAGAAAGAGAAAUCUAUGAUUAGUAUUGAGGAUGAAUCAGACAGUGACUGCAACAGUGAAGAAGAGCUCAUUAAUUUAGUGGCUAUGGUAGGAAUCACUGAAUUUGAGAAUGGGGAAGAGGUAACUGAUUCAGACUCAGAAGGAGAAGAAGUUCUUGACAUUGUUCAGAGUUACAAAGAAUUGGUUUUAUCGGCAAAAGCAGACAAGUUUGAAGAAGAGCUGCUUAAUGAAAAGAAAAGAACCGCUGAACUACAAUCUGAAUUAGAUCAACAGCAUAGAAAGAUUCAUAUGUUCGCUGGCACAAAGCAACUUGACAAGAUCUUGAGCUAUGGGAGAACAGAGAAUACUCAUAGAGGUUUAGGCUAUAAUGAGAACAAGGGAGCUAAAUCGCAGACAACUAAAUUUGUGUCGGCUGAAGCAUAUAAAUCUGAAAAAGAGACAUCUACGGGAGUUUCUAAUGGACUUUGA